UGACUUGCUCCUAAUGCAAUCACCUGUUAUCAACCAAAAAGGGAAAACAAUUUAAUUAGUUUUAGCCCAGCGUCUUUAACAGAGGAAGAUCUCGUUGUAUUUCCUCCUGUUGUUCCCAUCCCAAUAGCACCAGCACAGGUCUCUUACCUCGGAUGCACGAUUCCAUAAUGCAACGAGAUUCUAUUGGUUGUUACUGAAGUUACUCUUUAGGCCAAUAUAGGGAGGUAUAGAAAAGAAAACUUUGCGUCGGUGUUUAAAAAUAGAAGCCUGAGAAUGAGACUUAAUUACUUCAAAUCUUUCAGCAAUAUUUUGAAGAUUUUUCGAGUUGGUUUCACACGAAUUUUUCAGAAAGACGUGCUGAGAAAGAAUGUUAGUAUAAACGCCAUGUUUUUCUGGCUAUGAAUAAUUACGAUAUAUUAAAGUUCCGGAGUUACAGACGAAUGUCAGCUUGUGUCAUGAUGCCUGGGUAAAUAUUCUGUCAAACAGGAACGCAACUCAUGAAAACUGAGUUCACAAGCAGAAGAUCGUGAAAGGUUUAAAAUGGAUGUCCUAGAUCUUCCCUCAAGAAGCUUAGGUCUGGUUAUUCUGGAAUGCAGCAUUUGUCUUUUGUUAAAUAUCGGCAGUUUAGUCGGUAAUGGCAUGCUUUGUGCCGCAGUCUACCGCAAUCCAAGACUCAGAUCCACGACCAACUUGUACAUCAUUGCUUUAUCUGUCGGAGAUCUCAUUUGCGCCGUUCUUGAAAUGCCGUUUACCUUUUGGACAUUAGUCGUGGGAAGAUGGGCCCUCGGUGACGGGAUGUGCCAAGUUCACGGUUUUGUCGACGUUUUCUCAACUUACUGUCCUCCGGCGACUAUGGGUCUUACAGCCUUCAACAGGUACAUCCGAAUCGUCAAGACUAAGAUAAAAAUAAGCAAAUCCAUCGCCUGUGUUUUUGCUGGUUUCUUUUUUUGCUGGAUACCAAUGUGGAGUUUGUCUCUUCUCAAUCGAUUCUACCCAACACCAGUUCCCAGAGUGGUGCCAUUGUUGGUGAUAUUUUUCGUGUUUUUAAGUAGUUCCAUCAACCCUCUUAUUUACGCGGCGAAAAAUAAUGGAUUUAGACAAGAGUUUCGCAAAAUGCUGUCUUGUCGUCGGCAACGAAGGCAAAUUGUCCCGAGACAAAAAAGAGCUGGGGCAAUCGUGGAGAACAUUGAACUACAUGAGCAUGCAGAUGUCUGCAGAAAUGUCACGUAUAUGGCCAUUUUAAAGAUGAGUGCGAACGGAAGUAUUCUUUAG